GUCCUUCAUUUUUUUUUUUUUUGUAAUUUUUUUCUUUGAGUGAUAUGAUUGGCAGGCUUACGUAAUAAUCGAAAAAUCUAGCGACUGUGUGGAAAUUUUAUCCGUUUGAGAGGGCUGUGGCUGUUCUGCUUUCAAAUAUGGAAGGGGACGUGCCAUCGAUUCCUUAUUAUCCAGGGGGAGCUGGGAUAAUCCAUUUAGUGGAUCCAAUGGGAAAAAAACAUAAAAUAAUAGUAUUCGGACUUUCCUACGUUACGGGUUGGCAGUUGAUUACGAAUAAAAAUGAAAAGUAGAAAAAGACAAUCAAUUUAAAAAUGGUGAGUGGUCGAUACUUCGAUGGCAUGGAAUCCAUCAGUACUGUUACUGUUCUUGAAAUUCAAUCAAAUCUGGAGAGCAAAAGAAACGGUUAUCUCCAAUAACCAAAAUUAGGGUUUCUUUUUUGGUUUUCUAAUUUGAUGGAGAGUAGUUCAGGUUCUGAAUAUCAUCAUCAUCAACAACAGAAUCCAGAAACCUCCGAUGAGUAUCAUCACACCCAGGUUUUUAUUGGCAUUGAAGGUCUUUAAUGAUGAGGAAAGAAAGAAUGAAGACUCUUGCUUAGUUCUAGUUCAGCAGUCUAAACGACCAAAACUCUCAACGUUGACAAUUCCUGUGAGGUCUUUGGAUAAUUCGUUUAAUGAAUUUAUAAAAGUAGACAUUUCUUCUUCAGUGUCAAGUCCUGGUUCCUCUAGAGGUGCUGGCCUGCCUCCUAGACCUAGUUCAGCAAAGUUCAAGUCAUCUGUGAGGAAUUUGCUUCCUCAGAGGAGCCUUAGGGCAAAAAAUGUGUCUCAAGAUGGUGAGAAGACGGUUCUCAUCAUGCCGGAUUCACCAUCAUCGGUUGAUAAGCCUUCUACAUCUAGGUCAUUUUCUCUUAAUAAGGUUUUCUUCUCUUCAUCAAGUAAAGUCCCACAUUCUUUACCGGCUACACCAAUUGCAAAGUUAGAAUCUGUACCGGACUUGCAUCUUGCUGUUCAGUCGGAUGUUUCUAAAUCAGAAGUUGAAUUGCAUAUGACACGUUCAUUGUCAGUUCCUGUGAAUACUAAAGUGAGAAGUUUAAGGCAGACUGAAUCUGGAGGAGGUUUAAUCCGUGUAAUUUCUACGACUCCUCGUUCUUCAGCCAUUGAAAAUACAUUAGCAAAUGAUGACUCAGCAGCUGAAACGGAUGUUGGUGAGGAUAUUCCUGAAGAAGAAGCAGUUUGCAGAAUUUGUUUUGUUGAGCUUGCGGAAGGAGGUGACACGUUUAAGAUGGAGUGUAGCUGUAAAGGGGAGCUUGCACUUGCUCACAAAGAUUGUGUCGUGAAGUGGUUUAGCAUCAAGGGAAAUAAGACAUGUGAUGUCUGCCAGCAGGAUGUCCAGAACCUACCAGUGACAUUAUUAAAAAUACAAAAUCCUUCAAAUGUUAUUAGACGGCCACCAGCUGUUCUUCAGCAGAGAGAAGUCCCUCGUUACAGGGUAUGGCAGGACGUACCAGUUCUUGUCUUGGUCAGCAUGCUUGCAUAUUUCUGCUUUUUGGAGCAACUUCUGGUGUCUCAGUUGGGUCCUCGUGCUCUCGCCAUCUCAUUACCUUUCUCCUGUGUCUUAGGUCUCCUGUCUUCAAUGAUAGCUUCAAACAUGGUGAGCAGGACUUACAUAUGGGCUUAUGCUUCCUUCCAAUUUGCAAUUGUGAUCCUGUUCGCUCAUAUCUUUUACUCUGUACUUAAUGUGAACGCAAUUCUCUCUGUCCUCCUUUCCUCAUUCACUGGGUUUGGACUUGCAAUUAGUACAAAUUCUCUUAUUGUGGAGUACCUUCGAUGGAGGACAAGUAGGCAGAUGCAGUCUCCACAUUGGCAGGUUAAUAUUGUGCAGCAACAAGAACAACAAAACCAGCAGAGCCAGCAACAGGAGUAUCAGCAUCACCAACACCAAUCCCAUCACCGACACCAACAGCAACUGACAGAGACGGCCAGUGUUGGACCCAUGAUAGUUCCAGGCAGUGAUUAACAAUUGUACAGAACACAUAGCUCAGUCUUACUAAAGGUUAAAUGCUGUGUGCCGAGACUGAUUUUUGAUUGGGUAUUUUUAUAAAAUUUCCAAUAGAAAGCAGAGGAACUUGAGAGAUUGAGAAGGAUGCUGAAUGGGUUCUGUUUUUAGGCCUUGUUUGAUGGAUUUACAGAGUAUAAGAGACUCAAAUUAUAUGCGGCUGUUAUUUUCAAGAGACAGCCAAUCAAGCAUAAUCGAAAAAUUUGCUCAAAAACUGUGAAACCCAGAAAAAACAUUGUAAGUUUCCCCCCUUUUUUUUCAGUGUCUGUGAGAAAUUUAUACAGGUUGAAAAUGUUUUUCAUCAUUUUAUUGAUUAUCGAUUUGUUCAAUUAGGAUCUUCCUAUAUUAAUUGUACAAAGUAGUGUUACCGAAAUGGAUGUGUUAGUUGUAAGAUGAAAGUUACAUUUGGUCCAUGGAAUGCUUUGUUUGUAAUACCAAUCCAGUUUUCAUUGUUACCUGCA